CCCUGACGCACGCCUGUGCUGUGGAGCUCCCCCUUGCUGCGCGCAUCGUGAUCUGGUGGAUGCAGAGUCUUGCAGCGAGCGCAGGGUCACCUUCUGUCACUGCGAGGGAAAAUACAGAAUAAUUUGCAGCAGAGGCUGUCGGGUAGUAGCGCACCUCGAGCAGCAGCAGCAGCAGCAGCAUCUCCGGUGAUCUCCUGCAGGGGACCGACAGCUCUCUCUAAGGUUUAUGGAAACCUGACCUCCCAUUGGAGGAGAAGUGCAUGAGGAACCCAGCUCUGCUGCAGAGGACAGGUUUAGUCAUUAGAGCGCUUUGCCACAUCCAGGAAAAUGUCUGGCUCCUACGAUGAAUGUGCCGUUGCUGACGACACCAUGGACAGCUUCUGGGAGGUGGGGAAUUAUAAACGUGCCGUCAAGAGAUUCAAUGACGGCCAUCAGCUCUGCAACGAACUGAUGAACUGCCUGGGAGAACGUGCCAAGAUAGAGAAGGCCUACGGCGAUCAGCUCACCGCCUGGUCCAAGAGAUGGAGGCAACUCAUCGAGAAAGGGCCGCAAUACGGCUCUGUGGAGAGAGCCUGGCUGGCCGUCAUGACGGAGGCCGAGAAGGUGAGCGAGCUGCACCAAGACGUGAAGAACAACCUCCUGAACGAGGACAUCGAGAAAGUGAAGAACUGGCAGAAGGAGGCGUAUCACAAGCAAAUGAUCGGUGGCUUCAAAGAGGCCAAGGAGGCAGAGGAAGGCUUCAAGAAGGCUCAGAAACCGUGGGCCAAGAAGCUGAAAGAGAUGGAGACGGCUAAGAAAAGCUACCACAUGGCCUGUAAGGAGGAGAAGCUGGCCGCCACCCGGGAGGCCAACGGCAAGACCGAGGCGUCUGUUACGCCGGACCAGCAGAAGAAACUCCACGAGAAAGUGGACAAAUGCAAACAGGACAUGCAGAAGGCUAAAGAAAAGUAUGAGAAGUCUCUGGAGGAGCUGAACAAGUGCACUCCGCAGUACAUGGAGAGCAUGGAGCAGGUGUUUGACCAGUGCCAGCAGCAUGAAGUCAAGAGGCUGACCUUCCUGAAGGAAGCCCUGCUGGACAUUAAACGCCAUCUUAACCUCACCGAGAACCAAAGCUACGCCACAAUAUACAGAGAGCUGGAGCGCACCAUCCUGGCUGCAAACACACAAGAAGACCUGAAGUGGUUCAGCAACAACCACGGCCCGGGGAUGCAUAUGAACUGGCCUGCGUUUGAGGAGUACAACCCAGAUGCAGCUGCUGCUCCUCCAAAGAAGAAGAAACCAGAUGGAGCCCCACCCACCCCGAGCACCGACCAUGUGGCGCCACCUGGUGACCGCAGCAGCGUGAGCAGCUAUGACAAGAACCAAGCUUAUUCGACCGAGUGGUCCGACGACGAGCAGCCCGCCGCGUACUCCGGGAACGAGAACGGCGGGAACGGGAAUUCCUUCGAAGACGAUUCCAGCACCGGGAGAGGGGUCCGCGUGCGCGCCCUGUACGACUACGACGGCCAGGAGCAGGACGAGCUCUCCUUCAAAGCAGGUGAUGAACUGACCAAGACCGAGGACGAGGACGAGCAGGGCUGGUGUAGAGGUCGUUUGGACAACGGCCGAGAGGGACUGUACCCGGCCAACUACGUGGAGCCCAUCUAGUCCCGUUCCCCGGACACGGACGUGCCGCUGGAGGCAGCUUGAACUGUCCCGUCCAAUCGCACCGCACAUAGCCAGAGACUUAAGAGCAACACAUCCCUCGCCCCAACAGAUGCGCCAAGCAGUCUUGCCUAAAUAAAAACUUAGUAACCUAAAAAGACGAUAUAUCAGUAUAAUAUAUUUUAUCCAGCGUUCGGGGUGGGUGGACUUACACGUUUAAAAACAAAGAGCAGCAGUUAUUCCAGUAUAUACACACUCAACUAUAACAUCAAGACAGUGCAGGAACACAUUGCUUCUCUGUGUAGCUGUAUUUAACAUAAGAUGCAGCUUGUUUAAAACCUGCGGUAUUCUGCAGUUUCCUCUCUUUUGAAAAUGGGACGAGAGUAUAAUCAGUUCUGCCCGUUGGACGAAGAAGAGCUUCUCUAACCUGCAUUGUGUAUAUACAGUGUGAUGCCAUUUUGUGUAGCAUUUUUAAUGCUGUGUACGGUCAGUCGUCAUUCUUACAUCAGGAAUGCUGUGUAGUGUUUAAAGUACCACAAACAGUAUCCUUUAUUUUUUGUUUGUUUUUUUUUUCUGUUUGAUUUCUUUCUUUCUUUCGUUUCUUUCUUUUAUUGUUUUUUUUUUCUUUCUUUCUAUGUGGUUCGGUCCGACCUCUCUCUCAGUGUGUGCAGUGCUACGUGUUUUUAACUGUUUCUGAACUUGCAUAGCAGCAUGCGCUAUGCAAAUGAUCGCAUUCCCUGAACCCCGCGGCCUCGUCCGACGGCCGCAACUUUGAUGCAACACUUCAAACGACAAAUGCAGAGCUCGCUCCUCGGCAUCACAUGCUUCUGGACAUGCACAUGCUUGUGAUUUUUACGAGAAAGCUUGUUGAUGAACUGAUUUUAUGUUUGUUUUUUUGUUU